UCCUUACACACCUGAGCAGAAUGGAGUUUCCGAAAGAAAAAAUCGUCAUUUACUUGAAAUGGCUCGGUGUAUUCUCUUUAGUGCCCAUAUGCCUAAAUACCUUUGGGGUGAUGCUGUCAUAACUUCUGCUCACCUCAUUAAUCGUCUUCCAUCUCGUGUCCUUGAAGGCAAAGUUCCAUAUGAGGUGCUUGCAUCCCAUGUUUCCUUACCCUCUUUUCAUAAUCUUCCCGCCCGUGUUUUUGGUUGUGUUGCUUUUGUCCAUCUUCCAAAACAUCAGAGGUCUAAGUUGGAUGCCCGAGCGGUUAAAUGUGUGUUUGUUGGAUACGGAGGGCAUCAGAAAGGGUACCGGUGCUAUCAUCCACCUACCAGAAAGUAUUAUGUUACUAUGGAUGUUACUUUCUUUGAGGACAUGAGCUAUUUCACGUCUUCUGAUACUGCCCUUCAGGGGGAGAUUUCAUAUUUUGAAGAGCUAUAUCAUGGAAAGGGGGAGACAAGUCAGCCAGGAGAUAUGGUGACAAAUUCGGUUGAGAUUACUGAUGAUUCUGGUAUAGUCACUCCAGAGAUUCACGUACCAGAAGGUGAGAGUACAACUGCCCCUCCUGCCUCCCCUACUGUUGUUUAUACCCCUGACCAACGUUCCCCUGUUACAGAAGAUCACUCAUCUGAGGUUAGUCAUUCUAUUAGGGCUAAUACUAGUGAAGCUAAUAGUAGACAAUAUGUCUUGCCAAAUAGGUCUACUCGAGGUCAGCCAACAAAAACAUAUGAACCUACCCUUCAGGCUAAAGCUAAGUAUCCUGUGGCAAAUUUUAUGUCUACCAAAAGAUUGUCUAAGUCAUAUGAAUCAUUUGUGAAUCAAAUUUCUGCUGUAUCAAUACCUAACAAAGUGCAGGAUGCAUUGGGAGAUCCAAAAUGGAGAAAAGCGAUGGAAGAAGAGAUGGAAGCAUUACAGAAGAACAAUACUUGGGAGCUUGUAUCUCCACCACAUGGCAAGAAGGCAGUGGGAUGUCGUUGGGUGUUUACAGUGAAGCAUAAUCCAGAUGGGUCAGUAAGCCGGUAUAAAGCACGCCUAGUAGCAAAAGGGUUCACCCAAACAUAUGGCAUAGACUAUGAUGAGACAUUUGCACCUGUUGCAAAGAUGAACACUAUUCGGGUAUUGCUCUCUUUUGCUGCUACUUUAAACUGGUCACUUAGACAAUUUGAUGUUAAGAAUGCAUUCCUUCAUGGAGAACUUACAGAAGAAGUGUAUAUGGAUCUUCCUCCUGGAUAUGUGGCAGCUUCUCCAGAUAACUUUGUAUGCAGAUUAAGAAAGUCUUUGUAUGGUCUUAAACAGUCUCCUCGUGCUUGGUUUGGAAGAUUUUCACAAUUCAUGAAGAAAAUUGGCUACAAGCAGAGUAAUUCAGACCACACAUUAUUUCUCAAACACCAACAAGGGAAGGUAACAGCCCUAAUUAUAUAUGUUGACGAUAUGGUAGUUACUGGUAAUGAUACUAUUGAGAUGGAUAGAUUACAGAAGCAGCUAGCUACAGAGUUUGAGAUGAAAGACUUAGGAACACUCAAGUACUUCUUGGGGAAAUAUUAUUUUGAGGAUAGGUAUGAUUUGGUUAAGUUCAUCAAGCUGGCCCAACAGCAUGGCCUAUAUGUUCAUCUCCGGAUUGGUCCUUAUAUUUGUGCUGAAUGGAACUUCGGAGGAUUCCCUAUUUGGUUAAAAUAUGUUCCUGGAAUCGCUUUCAGAACAGACAAUCGUCCUUUUAUGUCAGCAAUGGAAAAAUUUACAAAGAAGAUUGUGUAUAUGAUGAAGACAGAAAGGUUGUUCCAAACUCAGGGAGGUCCUAUAAUCCUGUCUCAGAUUGAAAAUGAAUUUGGACCGGUAGAGUGGGAAAUUGGUGCACCUGGUAAAUCUUAUACUCGAUGGGCAGCUAAAAUGGCUCUAGCUCUCAACACUGGAGUUCCAUGGAUUAUGUGCAAGCAAGAAGAUGCCCCUGAUCCAAUCAUCGAUACUUGUAAUGGCUUCUACUGUGAAAACUUCACUCCAAACAAGAACUAUAAGCCUAAAAUGUGGACAGAAAUCUGGACUGGCUGGUAUACAGAAUUCGGCAGGGCAGUUCCUACUAGACCUGCACAAGACUUGGCAUUUUCAGUUGCAAGGUUUAUACAAAAUGGUGGUUCUUUUGCCAAUUACUACAUGUACCAUGGAGGAACAAAUUUUGGCCGAACUGCUGGCGGUCCCUUCAUGGCAACUAGCUAUGACUAUGAUGCCCCAUUAGAUGAAUAUGGACUAGCCAGGGAGCCAAAAUAUAGUCAUUUGAAAUAUCUGCACCAAGCCAUCAAAUUAGCUGAGUCAUCUUUGGUAGCUACUGAUGCUGCAGUAGUGUCAACACUUGGAUAUAAUCAAGAGGCUCAUGUAUACCAGUCAGGAUCUAAUUGUGCUGCAUUCCUUGCAAAUUACGAUACACAAUACUCGGUAAGAGUUCAUUUUUGGGGUAAGCAAUAUAAGCUGCCACCUUGGUCCAUAAGCAUUCUCCCUGACUGCAAAACUGAAGUUUUCAACACUGCAAGGGUUGGCCAGAGCCCGCCGGCGAAGAUGACACCAGUAGCAUACCUCUCUUGGCAGGCGUACAUGGAAGAAAUUGCCACUACCAAUGAUGACAAUGCGUUUACAAAGAUCGGACUUCAGGAGCAAAUAAAUCUCACUAGGGAUGUUACAGACUACUUGUGGUACAUGACAGAUAUCACAAUAGAUCCUAAUGAACAAUUCCUAGAAACUGGACAGUACCCUAUUCUCACUGUCGAUUCAGCUGGGCACGCCUUGCAUGUUUUCAUCAAUGGUCAACUAUCAGGAUCUGCUUAUGGAAAAUUGGAGUUCCCCAAGUUAGAAUUUGAACAAGGUGUGAAGCUGAGAGCUGGCAUUAACAAGCUUGCAUUACUGAGCGUUUCUGUUGGUCUGCCAAAUGUUGGUGUGCACUUUGAGACAUGGAAUGCCGGAGUUCUAGGACCAGUCACAUUGAAGGGUCUGAAUUCGGGAACAUGGGAUAUGUCACAAUGGCAGUGGACCUACAAGAUUGGUAUGAAAGGUGAAGAUAUGAGCCUUCAUACCAUGAGUGGAAGUUCUUCUGUUGAAUGGUUACAAGGAUCUUUGUUAGCUCAAAAUCGACCCCUUACAUGGUACAAGGCUAUUGUAGAUGCAUUACCAGGAAAUGCACCGUUAGCUUUAGAUAUGGGAAGCAUGGGAAAGGGUCAAAUGUGGAUUAAUGGUCGGAGUAUCGGACGCCACUGGCCGGCAUAUAAAGCUACUGGGACAUGUAGUGCUUGUUAUUAUGCCGGAACUUAUACUGAAAAAAAAUGCCGAACAAAUUGCGGUCAAUCCUCUCAGAGAUGGUACCAUGUUCCCCGGUCCUGGCUGAAGCCAACUGGGAAUCUAUUGGUUGUGUUUGAAGAAUGGGGUGGUGAUCCGACUAAGAUUGCUUUGGUAGCAAGAAGUUGA